AUGAGCACUAUGAAGUUCUGCUGUGAAUGCAACAACAUACUAUACCCGAAGGAAAAUAAGGAGCAGAAAAUCCUCCUUUUUUUGCUUGUCAAUCAUCGUGAACACCAAGAGAUUUCUAAUAACAAUUGUGUCUAUAGAAAUGAAGUUCGCAUUCAUCUAGGUGAGCGUACUCAAGUUCUCAAGGAGAUGAGCGAUCUAACUCUUCCUCGUACUAAGACUAUCGGAUGCACAAAGUGCAAUCAUUCGAAGUUGUCUUCUUUUCAGGUCGCUGCGAGAGGGGAGGAAGGUAUGACACUGUUCUUCGUGUGCUGCGGUCCAGAUUGUGGCCAUCGGUGGAGGGAUUAA